GAAUAUAAAUUAGUGCGAUGUUCAGAAUAAACCAAUCACACCAACUCAGUGACACGCACUUAUUCAAAUAACAAAUACAGACGAUUAGACAUUUAUAUAGGUAUUGAUGGGAAUGAGGGCUAUACAUCAAAGAGAAAUUAAACCCAAGAUAAAAACUACAUGUAAAAGAGACAAAGAGGGAGGUCAAUCAAGAUAUAAAAAAUGGUUCUUACGUGUAGAUUUUAUGGUAAUAAGUACCCAGAGGUAGAGGAUGUUGUUAUGGUCAAUGUCAGAUCUAUAGCAGAGAUGGGAGCAUAUGUUCAUCUUCUGGAAUAUAACAAUAUAGAAGGCAUGAUAUUGUUGAGUGAAUUGUCUCGUCGACGUAUCCGUUCUAUCAACAAAUUAAUUAGAGUUGGAAGGAGUGAAUGUGUAGUUGUAAUUAGAGUAGACAAAGACAAAGGAUAUAUUGAUUUAUCAAAGAGAAGAGUUUCACCUGAGGAAGUAUGUAAAUGUGAAGAGAAAUUUGCAAAAGCUAAAGCAGUAAACAGUAUUUUAAGACAUGUAGGAGAAUUAAUGAAAUAUGCCACUAGUGAACAGCUUGAGGAUUUAUAUAAAAAGACAGCUUGGUAUUUUGAUGAAAAAUACAAAAAGCCUGGUGCAGCAUAUGAAGCAUUUAAACAUGCUGUCACAAAUCCAGAAAUAUUAGAUGAAUGUGAUAUUGAUGAUGAAACAAAAGAAGUUUUAAUAGACAACAUCAAAAGAAGAUUAACUCCACAGGCUGUUAAAAUCAGAGCAGAUAUUGAAGUAGCAUGUACAAAUUAUGAAGGUGUUGAUGCAGUAAAGAGAGCUUUGAAGAAAGGUCUAGCAUUGUCUACAGAAAGUAUGCCAAUUAAGAUAAAUCUGAUAGCUCCACCCUUGUAUGUAAUGACUACAUCUACCUUAGAGAGAACUGAGGGCAUGGCCUUGUUAAAUAAAGCUAUAGCUACAAUUAAAGAAGAUAUAGAAGAAGCAGGAGGAAUCUUCAACAUUCAGCAAGCGCCUCGUUUUGUAUCAGAUACUGAUGAAGUUGAGUUAGCAAAACAAAUGCAACGACUGGAGGAGGAGAAUCGUGAGAUCAGCGGAGACGAAGAUUCCGAGGGAGAACAGAAUGGCACAGAUGGUGAGGAGGAAGAGGAGGAUAAAGAUAAAGCUGCAGAAGUCGAAUAACUCUUAAAAAACAUUUCUCAAAUAUUUUGUACAACACUUGUAUAAUGAUUGAUCUGUUAAUGAUUUAUUGAAUACAGUGGAGACACCUUCUGUUAAAAGAUUUUAUUUGAUAGUGUAAAGCUGGGUUCAAUCUUUUGAAAUGGACUGAGACUAGUUACAAUGAGAGUAGUGUUGCAAAAGGUGAAAUUGUACUUUUCUUGUACAUUUAUAAUAUAUUUAUUUCAUUAAAUGUAUGUAAUUUGA